CAAUAGAGACUACUUUUCUGUUAUCCUUGUCUUGUAUUCAAUUUAUUAGUGUUUUGUCACAUAUGUACUUGUGUAGUGAACAAGAACAUAUGUGAAGACAAUCGAAUAUAUUUGAACAUAAAGUUACAGAACAUCUUAGUAAAAUCUCAGAACCAUAUAAUAAAUACUCCAUUUGUAAAAUGUCAUUCGGUUGUCUCAAACUUGACUGUUCCUUUUGCAAAUAUCAGUCAACCGUCUAAGAUUUCAUUGUUCUUUCGUUUCAGAACAAAUAAUUCUUUGUUUUCGUUUUCUUUUCUUCGUUCUUCUUAACCUUCUGUCUCCAGACAUUUCAAUUUCGAUUGAUGAAAAAUACUACUUAUAUCUGUCGACAUCAGUAGCAUACACCACACUCGUUACAGUAAUGUCGUCGUCUAAUUUAGAAUCACCUCCAUUAAUGCGAAAAUUAUUAAUUGGACAAUUAUUUCAUAAUGUUGAUAAAUUGCCAAUAUAUAAUUCAAUUCGACAAAUUUGGGAAAUGGAUCACCUUGACAACAACAUCACCACUACCACCAAUAAUACUAAUAAUAGUGUUCUGAAGAAAUUAUCAUGGUGUAUGCUUUGGUUACAAGGUAGAAUCAUUAAAAAUUAUCAAUCACCUAAUAGUAAUAAUAAUAAUUUCAUAUUAGAUGAUGGUACAGGUGAAUUAUUAAUUAUUUAUGAUUUAGACAAAAACCAACCAGUCAAUUAUAAAGUAAAUAUUGGAGAUUAUGUUGCUGUAAUUGGUAAAUUAGUUCAACCUAAUAAAGAUAAUAAUAAUAAUGAUUAUGAUGAUGAUAAAAAGGAAUGUCUAAAUGGUUGGCAUAUUCUAGCUAAAAGUGUUACACAUUUAACUGAUCAUAUUAUACAACAAGAUAAUGGUGAAUUAUUAUAUGCAUCAUCAUCGUCAUCAUCACAAAAGAUCAUGUCGAAUUCAGCAUUUUAUGAAUUAUCUUGGCCUUUAGAAGUUAUAGAUAUGACAUAUUCUGUAUAAAAUUGAAUAUGUUUUGUAAAUACUAUUUUUUUUAUAAUGUAAAAUAAAAAUGUUCACAUUGACGAAUUUGUUUUAUACUUGUUAUUUAGUUUUCUGUUCAAGUAUUCAAAAGUUUGAAGUGAUUCAUAUUUCCUUACAGUUUAUUUUAGAUUGUUCAAUAAUUUAAUAGUCGAAUUCAUGAGUC